AUGGGAGACGUGGAUCCAGAGACGCUUUUGGAAUGGCUCUCGAUGGGCCAGGGAGACGAGCGGGACAUGCAGCUGAUUGCCCUCGAGCAGCUCUGCAUGCUGCUGCUCAUGUCGGACAACGUGGACAGAUGCUUUGAAAGCUGUCCACCGAGGACGUUCCUGCCGGCCCUGUGUAAAAUAUUCCUCGACGAGUUGGCCCCGGAGAACGUGCUGGAGGUGACGGCACGGGCCAUCACCUACUACCUGGACGUGUCGUCCGAGUGUACCCGUCGCAUCGUGGCGAUCGAUGGCGCCAUCAAGGCCAUCUGCAACCGGCUGGUGGUGGCCGACCUGGAGAGCCGCACUAGUCGCGAUCUGGCCGAGCAGUGCAUCAAGGUGCUGGAGCUGAUUUGUACCCGAGAGGCCGGAGCCGUCUUCGAGGGUGGCGGACUGAACUGCGUGCUGUCGUUCAUCCGCGACAGUGGCUCGCAAAUCCACAAGGACACCCUGCACUCGGCCAUGGCCGUCGUGUCGCGGCUCUGCACCAAAGUGGAACCGCAGGGGGCCAACGUGCAGACGUGCGUCGAAAGUCUCAGCACGCUGCUGCAGCACGAAGAUCCGCUCGUGGCGGACGGAGCCCUUAAAUGUUUCGCAUCCGUCGCCGAUCGGUUCACGCGCAAAUCCGUCGACCCGGCGCCGCUGGCCGAGUACGGGCUGGUGGCGGAACUGUUGAACCGGCUUAGCAACGCCGCCGGAGGUCCACAGCUUUCGUCGGCCACCACCACUACGGCCAACAACAAUAACAACAACUCCACCACCGCUCCAGGGACUGGUGGUGGGUCACAGCAAGAGUCAUCGUCAUCUCCCCCGACGGCACAGCUGUCCUCAUCGACCCCGAAGUCAGCGCAGGGAGCAAUGGAAGCUGGACGCUCGACGCAAUCAAUCGCCACCACCAUAUCGCUGCUGUCGACCCUGUGCCGAGGUUCGCCCUCGAUCACGCACGAUCUGCUGCGAUCGAACCUGCCGGAGGCGAUGAAACGGGCGUUCAAGGGAGACGAACGGUGCGUGCUGGACUGUAUGCGAUUGGCUGACCUAAUUUUGCUGCUUCUGUUCGAGGGCCGCAAGGCACUGGGACGCGUCGUUGGGUCGCAAGGUCAGCUGGCGCCACGCGUCAAGCGGGCGGACUCGAGUGCCGAGCGCACCCACCGCCAGUUGAUUGACUGCAUUCGCAGCAAGGACACCGAGGCGCUGAUCGAGUCGAUCGAGUCCGGCAGCGUCGACGUGAACUGCAUGGACGACGUCGGCCAAACGCUCCUCAACUGGGCGUCCGCGUUCGGGACGCUCGAGAUGGUGGAAUUCCUGUGUGAUAAGGGUGCGGACGUGAACAAGGGCCAGCGCAGCUCGUCGCUGCACUACGCUGCCUGCUUCGGGCGGCCCGGCAUCGCCAAGGUGCUGCUCAAGCACGGUGCGAAUCCGGAUUUGCGCGACGAAGACGGCAAAACGCCGCUCGAUAAGGCGCGCGAGCGACCGGACGAGGGUCACCGGGAGGUGGCCUCGAUUCUGCAGUCGCCCGGCGAGUGGAUGACUGCGGCCACCCGGUCGGACGUCAAGCCGGGCGACAGCGUGGAGGGCGAGGGCGAAAGUGAACCACGCGGUGAUCCGGAGAUGGCACCGGUGUAUCUGAAAUUUUUCCUACCAACAUUCUGCAACACGUUCCAAAGCACAAUGCUUGCUAGCGUUCGAAGAUCUAGCCUAGGGCUCAUCAAGAAGAUGAUUCAGUACGUUCAGCCAGACGUUCUCUCGAAGCUAUGCUCCUCGGACGGACUUCAAAGUCAUGAGCAAAGCCUAGGCACGCUCCUAGUCGAAGUCAUCGCAAGCGUGCUGGACAACGAGGACGAUGAGGACGGCCAUUUGGUGGUGCUAACGAUCAUCCAGGAGCUGAUGUCGAAGACGCAGACCGAUUUUCUCGAUCACUUCGCCCGGCUCGGGGUGUUCUCGAAGGUCCAGGCCCUGAUGUGGGAUCCGAGCUUCGAUGGCGGCAACGACAGCAACGAUGUGAUCAAAUCGUCGUCCACCGACGAACCGAUGAAAGUGGUGGCGCCAGCGGUGGAAGCAGCAGUAACACCACCACCACCACCUCCUUCGGGCAGCGGCGGCGGACCAUCUAGUAGCGCCUCCGGUGGAUCACCCAGCGUCACCGUGCCGCUGGAGGACGCCAAAGAGAUUCUGCACGGCAAAGCGUACCAUUGGCACGAUUGGAGUAUCUGUCGCGGUCGCGACUGCCUGUACGUGUGGUCCGAUUCGGCGGCCCUCGAGCUCUCGAACGGGUCCAACGGGUGGUUCCGGUACAUACUCGAUGGCAAGCUGGCCACCAUGUACUCGAGCGGUAGCCCCGAGAAUGGGAGCGAUAGUUCCGAGAACCGUGGAGAGUUUUUGGAGAAACUACAGCGAGCGAGGGCUGCCGUGCGACAAGGGAGCGUAUCGCAGCCGAUCCUGUCGUCGCCGAGCCUGGCGCGUAUCGCGGUCGGCAACUGGGUGCUACAGAGCCAAAAGGAAUACCAACUACAUAUCAACAACUCCGAGGGCCACCAGGUGACGAUCCUGCAGGACGAGCUGGCCGGGUUCAUCUUCGAGAGUAACCGCGGCACGAAGCACGCCUUCACCGCGGAAACCACCCUCGGGCCCGACUUUGCGGCCGGCUGGAUCAACACGAAGAAGAAGAAGGCUCGCUGCAAGGUCGAAGCGCAAAAGCAUCAGGUAAAGAAUCUGGCCCGAGAGCUUUACAACCGGUACUUCAAGGCGGCCCAGGCUGUGCCGCGUGGUGCUGUGGCGAAGCUGUCCAAGAUAGUGCAUCAAAUCGAGAUCGCCCUGGAAGAGCAGCAAUCCCUGCCAAAGACGGUUGGGAUUCUGAUCAACCGUUCCGUUCAACCGACGGGGUCGCCAGGUGGCCAACUGGCGAUCAGUUGGCAGGAGAAGUUGUACAAUGCGUUCAAUGAGCUGGUGCAUCUGCUGAACGAGGAUGGCGUCAUUAGUGCGUACGAAAUGCACAGUUCCGGUCUGGUCCAGGCGUUGGUAGCGGUCCUGUCGCGCAACUACUGGGACCUGGGCGUGAACCGCAGCAAGGCCAACAAGUACCACAAGCAGCGGCUGUCGAUCUUCAAGAAGUGCAUGUACGGCGGUGACGCCAAGGGUGGCAAAAAUACGGCCGCCAUUCUGGUGCAGAAACUGGUGGCCGUGCUGGAGAGCAUCGAGAAGCUGCCGGUCUACAUCUACGAUUCGCCCGGCGGCAGCUACGGUCUGCAGAUACUGACCAAACGGUUAAGCUUCCGGCUGGAACGGGCCGCCUGCGAGCAGACGCUGUUCGAUCGGACGGGCCGCAACCUCAAGAUGGAACCGCUGGCCACGGUGGGCCACCUGAACAAGUACCUGCUGAAGAUGGUGGCCAAACAGUGGUACGACAUGGAGCGCUCGACGUUCCUGUAUCUGCGCAAGCUAAAGGACGUGCGGCCACCCUGGUCGGUGCAGUUCCGGUAUCAGCACGAUUUCGACGAGAAUGGCAUCGUGUACUUCAUCGGCACCAACGGCCUGACGUCGGAGUGGGUUAACCCGGCCCAGUACGGGCUGGUGACGGUGACGAGCAGCGAGGGAAAGCAACUGCCGUACGGCAAGCUAGAGGACAUCCUAUCGCGCGAUAGCGUCAGCGUGAACUGUCACACGAAGGACAACAAAAAGUCAUGGUUUGCGGUCGACCUGGGUAUGUUCGUCGUACCGACGGCGUACACGUUGCGGCACGCGCGUGGCUACGGCCGUUCGGCGCUGCGCAACUGGAUGUUUCAGAUGUCGAAGGAUGGCGUAAGCUGGGUGACGCUGCUGACGCACAGCGACGACAAGAGUCUGGCCGAGCCGGGCAGCACCUGUACGUGGCCGAUCGAGUGUGCGGCCGACGAGCAGCACGGGUUCCGGCACGUACGCAUCCACCAGAAUGGGCGCAAUGCGUCGGGCCAGACGCACUACCUGAGCCUGAGCGGGUUCGAGCUGUACGGUCGGGUCGUUUCGGUGUGCGAGGACAUGGGCAAAACGGCGGCCAAGGAAAAUGAGGCCAAACUGCGCAAAGAGCGGCGCUACGUUCGCACGCAGCUGAAGCUCAUCACGGAGGGCGCCCGUGUGGUGCGCGGCGUCGAUUGGCACUGGGACGACCAGGAUGGGGCACCGGGCGGCGAAGGCACGGUCACGGGCGAGAUCCACAACGGGUGGAUCGAUGUGAAGUGGGAUCACGGUUUGCGCAACUCGUACCGUAUGGGCGCCGAGGGAAAGUACGAUCUCAAGCUGGCCAAUCUCGACGGGAGCAUGAUGAUCGCUGGCGGAUCCACCGAUGGCAGUGGUUCCGGCAGUAAGAAGAAGGUGUACGAUAAGUCACUCAACGUGCUGACCAGCCGCAAGUCCAGCUCGACGCCGAGCCUGCCGGAAGCCACCGAGAACCGAUCGUCGGUCGCUUCCACCGAGCAGGCCACUUCGGCGGACAAUCUCUCGUGGAAACAGGCGGUCGAGGUGAUCACGGAGAACGUGCUGUCCUCGGCCCGUUCCGAUCUGGCCACCGUCGGGAGCGGCGGUAGCAGCAAUGACCUGUCGUCGUCCGUUGUGGUCACCUGCGGUGGGUCGGGUAGCAACAACAACAACCUCAGCGGCACCGGCGGCGGCGGCGGUAACCAGGAAGUGUCCGUGAUAGUGCACUCGUCGCUUAGCGAACAGCGGGGCAACAACAUUUCCGAUCUAUCGCAGAUCAACAGCAGCACCUCGAUGCUGGUGUCCGAUUUGGCGACGAUCACCGAGAAUCUGACCCUGUCCGAUGGAGGUUGUGCCGCUGACGCCAAGACCCCCACCGGCGGACCACAGUUUGUGAGCAACAUCGGUGGCGUAAGUGCCGGUGCCGGUGCCGGUGGUGGUGCCCCCGUACUAAUGGCAUCAUCGUCGUCCUCGUCCACCUCUUCGUCAUCGUCCUCUUCUUCGUCGUCAUCGUCGACGGAGGAAAACAACAAGACCAACAACAUUAACGAAACCAACAACAAGAUCAACCUAAAUAGCUGCGCCGCGGCCGGUGGCAGCAGUGGCACGAGUGCCGGCGGUGGAACCAAAGGAGCAUCGACAUCCUCCUAUCUGCAGACCAAGCUGGACGUGCUGGAUAAGAUGCGUGAAGGAGUGGACAUGCUGAGGAACAACACGAACAACUUCCUCUCGUCGGAGCUUCUCGCUCAAUCGAAUCUGCUGUCCUCGGUGAAGAUUGCGCUGCCCUCGGUACAGCAAUCGGCCGCCGCCGCCUCUUCGGGAAACACCAUUUUCGUGGCCAGCACAAGCAGCAGCAGCGGUGGCCCUCAAGCAUCGUCGGACAAGUCGGAUGUAAAGUUCAACAACGCCGCGACAAUGGGCAACGCGUUCAAGAAGGUGCUCAACGAAGCCAAGUCUUCGGUCGUAGACCUGGAUGCGGCCAACAACAUGAAGAACAACAUCGUGAUCGUAAGCACUCCCGGGAAUGAUCACCACGCUGCCGACGACGACGAGACGGACGGAUCGCGUGAUCAAGCGACUGAGGUGAACCUGGAAGGUUCCUCGAACGUGAUGGUGGCCACCAAUCCGAUGAGCGUGAGUGUGCCGAAUCUGACGAGUAGUGGCGGUGCAGGUGCUGGUAAUAAUCAUCAUCAUCAUCACCACCAUCACCAUCAUCACCAUCAUCAGCAGCAGCACAACAACCAGCAGCAGCAUCAGCAGGAAUCGGCAAUCAGUGCGGUGCAGUCAUCGACGCUUCACCUUGAUUCGCAACCGCCACCUCCGGGACUGCUGGAGACGUUUGCGGCCAUCGCAAGACGCCGCACAUCCGGUGGCGGUGGAACGGUCACGGUCAACACCGGCACGUCGUCGGCCAACAACAACAACAACUCUUCGUCGCAUUCGACCUCGCAGCAAACGGUACCGAUCAACAACCAACUGAUCAGUAGUGGCGCCGGCGGCGGUGCUGGCAGCAGUGGCAGCGCAGGAACUGGAAGCGGUCUCGGGUGUGGGAUACCGAACAAUUCGAGCUUCUUCCCCCGAGGUCCCAAUUCGGUCACGAGUCUGGUGAAGCUCGCGCUAUCGAGCAACUUCCACAGCGGACUGCUCAGUACGGCCCAGAGCUAUCCGAGUUUGUCGAGUUCCUCGUCGUCCAACAACAAUCACGGGUCGUCGGCCGCUGCCGCCGGAAGUCAGGCCGGAGGAGGUGCCGGGGGUAAUAACAACAAUGCGAACAGCGGUGCGGCUGCCGGUGGCACUGCGAAUCCCCUCAAUCCGGCGCUCACCAUGAGCCUGACGUCGACCUCCAGCGAUAGUGAGCAGGUUUCGUUGGAAGACUUCCUCGAGCAGUGCCGCGCACCGACGCUGCUGGGCGACCUCGAGGAUGACGAGGACAUUGAGGACGAAAACGAUGACGAUGAGAACGAGGACGAGUACGAAGAGGUGGGCAACACGCUGCUGCAGGUGAUGGUUUCGCGCAAUCUGCUCUCGUUCAUGGACGAGGAAACGCUCGAGAACCGGCUGGCGGCCGCCGGCAAGCGGAAGUCGUGGGACGAUGAGUUUGUCCUGAAGCGCCAAUUCUCGGCCCUCAUCCCCGCGUUCGACCCAAGGCCCGGGCGCACCAACGUGAACCAGACGAGUGAUCUUGAAAUUCCGGCACCGAGCGUCAGUGGCGCGAUCGAGGCACCGGAAGGCACCGAGGCACCGUCUUCUGGCGGUGGCGGUGGCAGCGGCAGUCACUCGGCCCCACUUCCUCAGCCAUCGCUUGCGUUAGUGCUGCGUGGACCAAACAUUAACGGCGUGACGGACGUGGAGGUGGAACUGACGCACCCGGACUGGACCAUCUUCCGGGCGGUCCAGGAGCUGAUGCUGCAGACGACCAUGUCGAAGCAGGAUCGAUUCCGGAAGGUCUGGCAACCGACGUACACCAUCGUGUACCGUGAAGCCACUCCCGGUUCUGCGGCCUCGCUGCACGUAAAGGAGGAUUGUUUCAGCAGCAGCGGUGAGGAAGGCCGUACUACACCGAUCGUGUCGCUGUUUGCGCAACGCAGCCGCGGAUCGACGCUCUCGCCGAGCUCCCCCAUCAUCCCGGGAACACCCGCGAUCGGAGUCGGACACUGCUCCGUGGAGGACGUACUGCAACUUUUGUCCCAGCUGAGUGACAUCAACCAAUCGCUGGCCGUUGCACCGAGCAACAACGACAAGAACCUGAUCCCGGACGUGGAGUCGAACUACCUGAACCCGGAGGUGUUUAUGAGCAAAAAGAUCACCAACAAGCUGCAGCAGCAGAUCCAGGAUCCGCUCGUCCUGUCCAGUGGCAGUCUGCCCAAGUGGUGCGAAGAGUACAACCAGAGCUGCCCGUUUCUGUUCCCGUUCGAGACGCGCCAGCUGUACUUUGGCUGCACGGCUUUCGGGGCCUCCCGGAGCAUCGUUUGGUUGCAGUCCCAGCGGGACGUUAGCCUGGAGCGGCAGCGUGCACCGGGGCUCAGCCCACGGCACGCCGAUCAGCACGAGUUCCGGGUCGGCCGGUUGAAGCACGAACGGGUCAAGGUGCCGCGGGGUGAAAAUCUGCUCGAUUGGGCGCAGCAGGUGAUGAAGGUGCACUGCAACCGCAAGUCGGUGCUGGAGGUGGAGUUUGUGGGCGAGGAGGGAACGGGCCUAGGGCCAACGCUCGAGUUUUACGCACUGGUGGCGGCGGAACUGCAGCGCAGCGAUCUCGGCAUGUGGCUGUGCGACGACGAGUCGCCGAAGCUGAUCGAGGACGAGAUCGAUCUGGGCGAGGGCAGCAAACCGGUCGGGUACUAUGUGCGCCGCUCGACCGGCCUCUUCCCGGCACCGCUGCCACAGGAGACGGACAUUUGCGACUGCGUGUCCGCGUACUUCUGGUUCCUGGGAGUGUUUCUGGCCAAGGUCCUGCAGGACAACCGGUUGGUCGAUUUGCCGCUCUCCAACAGCUUCCUGCAGCUACUCUGCCACAGUCGGUUGAUUGCUCGGGGCGGAGCCGGAGCCGGAGCCACGCCAUCGGCCAUCGGUGGUGGCUGUACCAUUGGGGGCUCCGCUGGUGGAAACGAUGGCGCCUGGUACGACGGGAUCCUGACGCAGGAGAACCUGCUCGAGAUUGACCCGAUCCGGUACGAGUUUCUGAAGGAGCUGCAGGAACUGGUGCAGCAAAAGCAAAACCUCGAGCUGAACGAUGCGCUCAGCUCGGAGGAGAAGCUGCAGCAGAUCGCCGAGCUGAAGCUGAACACCAAAACGGGCUGCGUGGCGCUCGAGGACUUGGCACUAACGUUCACCUAUCUGCCGAGCUCGAAGCACUACGGAUACGCGUCGGCCGACCUCAUUCCGAACGGGGCCAAUGUCGACGUGACGAUCGGCAACGUGGAGGAGUACUGCAACCUGACGAUCGCGUUCUGCCUGCAGGAGGGCAUCGCCAAGCAGCUGGCCGCCUUCCAUCGGGGCUUCUGCGAGGUGUUUGACCUGAACAAGCUGGCCGCAUUUACGCCGGAUGAAAUCCGCAAGAUGCUGUGCGGCGAACAGAACCCCGAGUGGACCCGGGAAGACAUUAUGACGUACACCGAGCCAAAGCUCGGCUACAGCAAAGAAAGCCCUGGCUUCCUGCGGUUCGUCAACGUGCUGAUGGGCAUGAAUGGGUCGGAGCGCAAGGCGUUCCUGCAGUUCACCACCGGCUGUAGCAGCCUGCCGCCCGGUGGGCUGGCCAACCUGCACCCGCGGCUAACGGUGGUGCGCAAGGUGGACGCGGGCGAAGGUUCCUAUCCGUCGGUCAACACCUGCGUCCACUAUCUCAAGCUGCCCGACUAUCCGAACGAGCAGAUCCUGCGCGAGCGCCUGCUGACCGCGACCAAGGAGAAAGGGUUCCAUCUGAACUAAGAAACCUAAAUCAAAUCCCCUAUCAAAAGAAAAGUUGUUACGAUGUUUAUCGAUGUUGAACUCUGUCAAACACGAACUGAUGCGAUGGCGCGUUGCCGCGCUCUAUAUAAAGUUAAGAAGAUAAGACCCGAAAUGAUAAGACGAGUGUGCGUGCGUGCGUGCGUGUGUGAGUAUGUAUUAUUUGUCUAGCUCGUAAGGCGUGCGCGUGCUGCAGAGAGGCGUUUGCGCGUGCAAAUAAUGAAAAUCAUUAUACCAUUUUAAAAAGAAACUCUUCACAACAACAAAAAAAGGAUUGGAUUGAUAAACGAUCAGAUUAUCAGCUCGUUCGAAGGAUUAG